ACGUCAGACCUGGCCGGGCGCUGGGCAGGGCAGGUGGGUGGCAGCUCCUCUCAGGAGCACAGGCUUCCUCCUCUCGCUAUAGGGCAGCGCCGAGCUUCCUUCCCUCCACACCCUGGGCAGUCCUCUCCCUGUACACACAGGUGCCGGACACGGGAGGAGCUGAUUCCCUGCUUCUAAAAUGGCUGUCAGAGCUCACUACCAGGGGUAUGGAAUGGAAGACGCAAAUUGGGAACAGUACACCGUGACAAUACAAAAGGAUCCAAAGAAAGGAUUUGGCAUUGCUGUUUCAGGAGGAAGAGACAAUCCACAUUUUAACAAUGGUGACAACUCCAUCGUGAUUUCUGAUGUCCUUCAAGGAGGACCUGCAGAUGGUCGCUUGCACGAGAAUGAUCGUGUGGUUAUGGUUAAUGGAACCCUCCUGGAAAAUGUGCCACAUUCAUUUGCAGUUCAACAGUUAAGAAAAUGUGGGAAAACUGCAGUUCUGGUAGUAAGAAGGCCACGAAGGGUACUGAUUGGUCUUCCAAGCAAAUCAGAACCUGCCCUGGAUGUAUUGGAUGAAGAUUAUGAGCGCCGAACUGCCUACAGUGCAUACAGCGAUAGGAGUGGAUAUGGGGGAUCUCGAAGCAGAGACCCCAGUCCAGAUAGAGGCUUCCGAAGAGACCCAGACAGGGGCCCAUAUAAUGAACGAGAUCAAAGGGGCUAUGGAACCAGAGCAAAAAGUGUUGACCAAGAUCUUAAUGUGGGUUAUGGACUUAGGCAAGAUUAUAGCCGUGGCAGAAGUAUAGAUCGUGGGCUUGAUGAUGAGCAGAUGUAUAGAAGAGAUCAUAGUCGUGGCAGAAGUAUAGAACGUGGUCUGGAUGAGGAUAGUGGAUACCGAAGAGAGCGAAGCCGUGGCAGGAGCCUUGAUCGUGACUUGGAUGACCCUCGAAGUUACGGAAGAGAUGGCAGUCGCGGAAGGACCUUGGAUAGAAAUGCACAGUAUAGUCCAGAUCGUCAGUAUAAAAGAUCUUCAGCAGAGAUUGGAUACGACCAAAACAUUCAGAAAAGCCGUAGUCGAGAUAGGCUUCAGUCCCGCAGCCCAACCCCUCAAGGGUAUGGAGAUUCAAACACUAAUAGUGUCCUGUUAACGAAGAAAAAAUCUAAUGAGGAAUAUGGUCUUCGUCUUGGCAGUCAGAUCUAUAUUAAAGGAUUGACGAACACUGGUUUAGCAGCAAAAGAUGGCAAUUUGCACGAAGGAGAUAUAGUGCUGAAGAUAAAUGGCAUUUUGACAGAGAACAUGUCUUUAACUGAAGCCCAGGCAUUGAUCGAAAAAUCAAGAGGGAAGCUGCAGCUAGUUGUCCUAAGGGACAAACGACAGACUCUGAUAAACUUGCCAUAUGUGGAAGACAGUGAUUCCGAAAUGGAAGAUGAUCCACCAUAUACAAACAAGAGAAGAAAUCCAAGAUCUAAGGAGCAAUGAACAAAAAAAAGGUCCAUGCGAUGGUUCUUCAAAUGCCAGAACAAUUUACUCUUCCUGUAACCAAAGAUAUAAAUAUAUGUGUAAAAGCCAACAAAUUUCUAUUUUGUACUCGAUUAAAGGCAAAUUCGUUACAAAAUAUAUGCAAA